AUGCCGGACGCCUCAGGUCAAACCAUAUCGCCCCUGCCCGACGAUGUAGUCGCUCAGAUCAAGUCCUCCGCCGCCAUAGUGUCGCUGACGGGCGUUGUGCUGGAACUAAUCAAAAAUUCGCUGGAUGCAAAGGCCACCAGGGUUGAAGCUACUGUUGACUUUGUUCGUGGGGGGUGCAUUGUCGAGGACGACGGACUCGGCAUCUCGCCCCUUGAAUUCUCAGACAAAGGACGGCUAGGGAAGCUAUAUUGUACGUCCAAAUACCAUGCAAAUGAGCCUUUACUUGGCCGAAAUGGCACCUUUCUCGCCUCACUCGCUGCCAUGUCCCUCUUAACCAUUGCCUCGCAUCAUCAUGAGUAUCGGUCGCAGAACGCGGUCACUUUCCACCACGCUAGGGUUGUCGAGCGGCAGUUGCCGGCGUCGGCCCAUCACGAGGUGCAUGGCAGACAUGGUACCCGUGUUACUGUGCGAAAUCUAUUCGGAAAUAUGCCAGUACGGGUGAAACAGCGGGCGGUAAUCGCGGCUCAGAAAGAAGAAUAUGAGAAGAUGUGCGAAGGGCUGAAACAUGACAUCGCAGGCCUCCUCCUUGGUUGGCAAGGCACUGCAUCCGUGCGUGUUCGAGACGGCGACAACAAACCCAUUCUCAACCUCAACACAUCUGCUAGAACAUACCAAAACAUAGGAAAGGCCCGUUCAGCACAGCUGAGUUCCCUCCUCAACAUCCUGACUCAAGCCAACUACAUCGACAUUGAUGAGUGGUCAUCCUGGGUACCAGCGUCGGCCUCGACCUCUACCGUCUCUGUCAAGGGUGCCAUAUCCCUUGAUCCAGCCCCGAGCAAGCAUGUGCAAUUCAUUUCUCUAGGCAUACGGCCACUCUACUCUGAUUCUGGACAUAAUGAGUUAUUCGACCACGUGAAUCGUCUUUUUGCACUCUCCAGUUUUGGUACUGUAGAAGAAGAAGCAGUUGUCGAUGCAUAUGAGAAGAUGCGGCGGCAGUCGGAUAAGCGCUUCAAGAAAGAUGGCUACACCAACCGACAGCUCAAGAUACGCAAGGAUGUCGAUCGAUAUCCCAUGUUCCAUCUCCGUAUUUCGUUGGCAGAAGCUAACGGGGUGGCCAUGUCUGAAGAUCAGGUCAUAGAAGACGAAGCGAACUUGCAGAGUAUAAUGGAUGUUUUGGAGGCAAUGAUAACGCAAUGGCUGGUCGUUCACCAUUUUCGGCCGCAUCAAUCUCGAAAAAGACGUGAUGCGCCUGAUACAGCUUCUAGUUUGUCGAGCGAGACUGUUGCAAGCGACUCGUCGGUAUUUCCAAGACCUGCUUCUACAGGGCAGUUAUCGGUGUCCAAGAACAAGUCUGCAUCCACAGAGACUCGAAAAAGAAAGCGUUCGAAAGAUUCGAACUCACAUGAGAACUUGAAAAAACAUCAUCAAGCUUUUGCGACAUGGUCGCGUAUCAAAAGUGGAAAGUCUGAAUUCUUUGAUAGUCUACCCACCAGGCCAAAGUUGGGAAACCAAUGUGGCGUUGAACAAAGUUCGCGUGCCGCUGUUCAGAGUCCUGGCAAAAGUCAACCUUUUCCCUCAUUCGCCAUGAAGCCUAUCGCCCAAGGCGCAUUCGGCGCACCCAUGGCACAAAACAUGCUUCCUUCUAUGAGCGAAACUUCCAGUGCUGAAGAAAAAGAGAAUGAUGACAGUAUACUGUGGACGGAUCCUUCAACUGGAGAUACUCAUAUUUUGAAUGCUAGGACAGGUUGCGUGAUGCCAAAUGUGCAACCACGACCGAAUACAGACCCUUCUACAAAUACAUUCAGGUCUGAUCAAAAGUCUAUAAACAAGUCGAUUCGUCUACCGAGUCGAGCCUCAACAGCCACAGCAAAGCCCACGCCCUGGUUAGACAAUAUACUCCAGAACUGGGAAAACCCCAUCUUCAAGCCCAGUGAACAGCGUAUUCAACAAAUCACAAACGACCAAGACAAACUCGGCAAUCACCACAACCAGCUCAUGCACAGUUGCUCCCAUCUCACCGACAAGUCUUUUGACACAAAUACUACCAGCAUCUCCAGCAAACUCUCAAAGCUAGGCCUCCACACCGCCCAAGUAAUCUCCCAAGUCGACAAGAAAUUCAUCCUCGUAAGAAUGCAGCCCGCAUCCCAAAGCAACGACAUCCUCGUCCUCAUCGACCAACACGCCGCCGACGAACGCAUCCAAGUCGAAUCCCUCUUCCAACAACUCUGCACUCCCUCCGCUCACACCUACUCAUCCUCGCAACUCUGCCAUAAACCCGGCAUCGCAUCGCUGAACCUCGAGAAACCCCUCAGUUUCGCCGUGUCCCCGCAAGAACAAUCUCUUUUCAUAACCCACGCUGCGCGUUUCGCUGCUUGGGGCAUCGUAUACGACGUACCACCGCCGCCCUCAUCGAAACAAGGGUCUCUUGAGACGCGGAAAAAGAAGGGGAAAUGUGAAGCACUACUGUUGGUUACUGCGCUUCCACCUGUAAUUGCUCAACGAUGUGUGGUGGAUCCCAAGGUUCUGAUUUCGAUGCUUAGAUCGACGGUUUGGGGGUAUGCUGAGGGACGUGUUCAUCUUCCACCUCCUGAUACCCUUUCUUCCCUUUUGGAAAAAGAAGGGGAUUCGACAAAAGGGGAUAAGGCUUGGGUUCGCGCCUUAUCAACUUGUCCCCCUGCCCUUAUCAACCUAAUCAAUUCUCGUGCGUGUCGCUCGGCAAUCAUGUUUAACGACGAACUGAGUCUUGCAGAGUGUAGAGAGUUGGUUGCGAAGCUGGCAGAGUGUGUGUUCCCCUUUAUGUGUGCGCAUGGUAGGCCGAGUAUGGUGCCGCUUGUGGGUCUGGGUGAGCGGGAUGGAGAGAGAGUGGCAUGUGCAUUGGGAGAUCACAGUGGGAGUGGAAAGAGCUUUGUGCAAGCGUGGAAGGAGUGGAAGAGAUGA